CGUCCGCCAGUGUGCGUCAGUGGAGCGGGAGGAGCGCAUGUUCGAGUCCGCCGCCGAAUGCCACGAGCCGCCGGGUCAGUUAUAGAUGUUUGUGUUCGAAAGGGGUUUUUAUCUUUAUGGAUAUUUGCGGCUUUUUUCUUGGCGGGGGGAAGUGUUAGCUGCCGUGGUUUAGGGAUGGAGGAGCAGCAGAUGUGAGGACACAUUCCUGCAGCGGCAAACCAAACCCAAAAUCGGACUGUUUUUUGUAUUUUUUUUGUAUUUUUUUUUUUUUAACUGUGACUUCAGAUUUUCCCCUCAAUUGAUGGAAAUGUAACGUUUGCACUGAAGCAGGACGACUUUUACUUUUGAGCGUUUUGCGGACUUGCCACUCUGGAUUGAAUUUGCGCCAUGAGGACACGCACCGGAGCGCUCGCCCGGUGAAAUCACUGCAGCCUGCCCCGCACCGCGCACCACAGCCCCGCCGUCAGCCCGCGCUGCUCCGCUGCGGAGCGGAUGUACCACUUUGACACAAAUCAACAAAACCACCCUCUCAACAUUUUUUUUUUUUUUCGUUUUUUUUUUUUUUUUGGGGGGGGGGGACAAAAUGAUUGACAAGGCGCAGUAGUGUUAAUUGAGCUAUUUAUUAACUCAACAGGUCCGAUUUCAAAGCUUGGAAAUGGAAUUAAUGCAUGUGGUUGCGCUGCUGCUCUUGUUCUGGGUGUGCUCCGAGGCGGUCAUCAACCUGAAAUAUGGAAUUAACGAGGAGAUGAAGCCCGGCUCCGUGAUUGGGAAUGUGACAAAGGACGCGCUCAAACAGGGAUUCCAAAUCGCGCCGCAGCCGCCCUACUUGCGGGUCAUCUCCAACUCGGAGCCGCGCUGGGUAGAACUGAGCCCGGCGGGAAUUCUUACCACGCAGAUGAAGAUCGACCGGGACGUCGUGUGCCGGCAGAACCCCAAGUGCGUUAUCUCCCUGGAGGUGAUGUCCAACUCUAUGGAGAUCUGCGUCAUCAAAGUUGAAAUCGAGGAUUUGAACGACAACGCGCCCAAGUUCCCCACCGGCCACAUCGACAUUGAGAUCUCGGAAAACGCCUCCCCCGGGACCAGGUUCCCCCUGGAGGGGGCGAGUGAUCCGGACUCGGGCGUCUUCGGCGUGCAGUCUUACUCCAUCACCCCCAAUGAGCUCUUUGGGCUGGAGAUCAAAACGCGAGGGGACGGUUCCAAGAUUGCAGAGCUCGUGGUGCAAAAAUCAUUAGACCGAGAGACUCAGUCCCACUACAGUUAUGAGAUCAGCGCCGAGGACGGAGGAGACCCUCCGAAAAUAGGCGCGGUCCAAUUAAACAUCAAAGUCGUCGACUCUAAUGACAACAACCCCGUCUUUGACGAGCCCGUGUACACCGUCAACGUGAUGGAGAACUCCCCCGUCAACACCUUAGUCGUAGACCUGAAUGCGACGGAUCCGGAUGAGGGCACCAACGGCGAGGUGGUGUACUCCUUCAACAGCUACGUCACCGAGAAAACGAGGGACGCUUUUAAAAUUGAUUCCCGUACCGGAAUAAUCACCGUCGACGGGGUUCUGGAUUACGAGACCGCCCGGAUUUACGAGAUAGACGUGCAGGCCAAAGACCUGGGUCCCAACUCCAUACCGGCGCACUGCAAAGUCACGGUAAACGUGAUGGACACCAACGACAACCCGCCCGUCAUCAACCUCCUGUCCCUCAACACGGAGAUGGUGGAGGUGAGCGAGAACGCUCAGCGAGGCUAUGUCAUCGCCCUGGUGCGCGUCUCCGACAAGGACGCCGGGGCCAACGGUAAGGUGCAGUGCCGGCUCCAGGGCAACGUCCCCUUCCGGCUGCAGGAGUACGAGAGCUUUUCCACCAUCCUGGUGGACGGACGGCUGGACCGGGAGCAGAAGGACACGUACAACCUGACCAUCCAGGCCGAGGACAGCGGCGUCCCGCCCCUGCGCGCCGUCAAGUCGCUGGUGGUCAAAGUUACGGACGAGAACGACAACCCUCCCCACUUCCUCAAGCCGCACUAUCAGGAGAUGGUGAUGGAGAACAACCUGCCCGGUUCCUGCCUGCUGGCGGUGUCGGCGGAAGACCCCGACUUGGGCAUGAACGGCACCGUGUCCUACUCCAUCGUCCCCGGUGAGAUCAAGCACAUGGACGUAAACACGUACGUGAGCAUCAACCCGUCGGGCCGCAUUUACUCCAUGAGGUCCUUCGACCACGAGUACACCAGGACGUUUGACUUCAAAGUCCUCGCCAGGGACAACGGCAACCCGUCCCUGUCGAGCAACGCCACCGUGAGAAUCGUGGUGCUGGACGUCAACGACAACACCCCCGUCAUGACCGACCCGCCUCUGGUGAACGGCACCGCGGAGGUGUCCGUUCCCAGGAACGCCGGCGUGGGCCACAUGGUCACCCGGGUGAAAGCGGACGACUACGACGAGGGCGAGAACGGCCGCCUCACCUACACCAUCUCCGAGGGCGACCGGGCCUUCUUCGAGAUAGACCAGGUCAACGGGGAGGUGAGGUCCACUCGCAUGUUCGGGGAGAACGCCAAGUCCAGCUACGAGAUCACGGUGGUGGCACGCGACCACGGCAAACCCUCUCUGUCCGCCUCGGCCUACAUCGUGGUCUACCUCUCGCCCAACCUCAAUGCCCGUGAGUCCAUCGGACCGGUCAACCUGUCUCUCAUCUUCAUCAUCGCGCUGGCCUCUAUCGCCGCCAUCCUCUUUGUCACCAUGAUCUUUGUGGCCGUCAAGUGCAAGAGGGACAACAAGGAAAUCCGGACCUACAACUGCAGUUUCUUCUACUUGCGCAGGGUGGCCGAAUACUCCUACGGCAACCAGAAGAAGUCGAGCAAGAAGAAGAAGCUGAGCAAGAACGACAUCCGCCUGGUGCCGCGCGAUGUCGAGGAGACGGACAAGAUGAACGUGGUGAGUUGCUCCUCGCUCACCUCCUCGCUCAACUACUUCGACUACCACCAGCAGAGCCUGCCGCUGGGCUGCAGGCGCUCCGAAAGCACCUUCCUCAACGUGGAGAACCAGAACUCGCGCAAUGCCGCGCCCAACCACGGCGGCUAUCAGCACCCGUUCGCCGGGCAGGGUCACCAGCAGCCAGACCUCAUCAUCAACGGCAUGCCGCUGCCAGAGACGGAGAAUUAUUCAAUUGACUCCAGUUACGUGAACAGCAGAGCCCACCUCAUUAAAAGCACGUCCACCUUCAAGGACCUGGAGGGGAACAGUCUGAAGGACAGCGGGCACGAGGAGAGCGACCAGACCGACAGCGAGCACGACGUCCACCGAGGACACUACGUCGACACGGCCGUCAAUGACAUGCUCAACAUGACCGUCCCCCCCAAUGUUUGCCAGCUGCCAGACCAAGGCGGCGAUCCCAGCGAGGGCUUCCACUGCCAGGACGAGUGCCGCAUCCUGGGACACUCGGACCGCUGCUGGAUGCCGCGCGUGCCCGUCCCGCCGCGCGUCAAGUCGCCCGAGCACGCCCGCAACGUCAUCGCCCUGUCCAUCGAGGCCACCACGGUGGACGCCCCCCACUACGAGGACGGCACGGCCAAAAGGACUUUCGCCACCUUCGGCAAGGACGGCCACGGCGAGGACGCGGAGCGGGGCGACGGCAAGGGGAAGCGGACUCAGGAGCCGCAGGUGUGCAGCCCCAAGGCCAACGGCGGGGCGGUGCGCGAGGCCGGCAACGGGCGGGAGGCGGCCAGCCCCGUCACCUCCCCCGUGCACCUGAAGAGCCCGGCGGCCAAGCCCUCGUCCGCCUACAACACGUUGAAAUGCCGCGACGCCGAGCGCAUCGCCAACCACAGCCUGCUCCGGCAGCCGGAGGGGAAGGACAGCGAGCCGUCCGUGCGGGAGAUCAACACGCUUCUCCACGACUGCCGCGACAAGGAGUCCCCCGGCAGCAAGCGCUUGAAGGACAUCGUGCUCUAGCCCGCUUCCGCCGCCACCUAUAAAUAAAUAUAUAUAUAUAUCCCGCAAUAGCCGUGAGAAACGUGGGACCAGGCCGGACCUUUCGCAGUCUGCAACGCUGCAGCUGGUUGUGUGGAUGUGGCUUUGUCGUAGUCGUACCCCCCCCCCCCCCCCCCCCAGACACGGUUCUCUGCCUUUGAUUUCGCCCCCGUUUUCCUACCCAGCGGACAGGCAAGGUUAGCGUCGGCCGCACGGACGUUGGCUCGCCGGCCCCGACGCCAAAAAAAGCAGGACCACGCGUGCACCACGCCCGACUUACAGAUAUGCCUUUUUCCCCCCCCCCCCACGACUUUUCUAUCACCGUUAAAUAUCGGCCUUCUUUGGUUCCUUUUUUUUUUUGUACAGCGAGCGCUGAAAAAAGACGCUCUAAGAGAUCCGAAAGAAAACGGACGGAUUGUAGCCUCCGGUCUCGUACCUAUUUUUUUUUUUUUUUUUUUUUUUGGACCACGGGGCUAGGUUUAGAAGGGGAUCGUCACUCUUGUCUUGCUCUGUGGAACUCUUUAUCAUUUUUUUUUAUUAACCUGUUGUAAACGUGACAAUCCCUUUAAAUGUUUGCUUUUAACAAAUUGAAGAGAAAUAAAACGUAAAACAUUGGUGUUCCGACUGAAGCGACGGUAGCGUUUGUUACACAAACACAAAAUUGAAAAAAAAAAAAAAAAAAAGGCCAAAAUUUAUUUUAUAAAUAAUUUAAAAAAUGUAUAAUGAGAAUAUUUAAUGAUGUGUAGUCAUUCUAUGAGUAAGUUAUACUUGGAAUUAACUUGCUUUAUUUUUUUUUUUUUUUGUUCUUUGCUUUUAUAUUGAACCUCUUGUUUUGAAAAUGAACAGUUUUUUUUUUUAAUCUGUUUUUUUUUGUUUACUGUGUUACCUUCCCCCCUUGGAAACUGUUGACUUGUUGUAAAGAGUUUCUCAUUGGUCAGUUCUUGUGCCAUCAAGUUUCUGUGUGGGCUACUAGAAAAUGUGAAAAAAAAAAAAAAUGUAAAAAAAAUAAUAAUAAUUUUAGCACCAAUUCAUGUGUCAGUUCAAUGAGCUUAGAGUGAGAUGGCAGAAGAAACCAAAAAAAAAAUGACUACAAGAUCACACAUUUUUGAAUAUGGGGUUCCACCAGGCGCCUUACUUAGCCCCAGACAAGUAUGGGAAAAACUUUUUAAUUUCUAAGCAUUCAACUUUUUUUCUUUUUUUUUUGUGUCAAGCGGUUCCAUCUGUGUUGAGUUUGAUAUACAAAGUUUUGACCAUAGUGAUAUAAACACCACUGCCCGCCCACCCCUUUCAAAAGUGGCGCAGCAGGCAAAGAAAACAAAACGAAAAAAAAAACAGUGUCAUUCUGGAAACGAGGCCUGCGGCACACGAUGUGCAGUUUUUUUGUUGCUUUGCGGUAAAUGAUGUACAACGUGGAACAUGUGACUGGAAGUAAACGGACUGCACACAUACAAAAAACAAACAAACAAACAAAAAAAAAAACUAGAUCUUGUAGCUGAAUGUUUUGCUGGUCUCACCCUUGGCUUCUGGCAAAAUGAACAUCGGAAUAAUCACUGAAUGUAUACAGCAGCUUAUAAUUAAACUAUUAAAUGUG